AUGGUCGAAUACGCCAAAGCAGUAUUUAUAAGGAAAGAUAUUCUCGAUUAUACGAGCGAGGCAGUGUUCCGUUUCAUCCAUCGUUAUCUGGAAAUCGGUGGCAAAGUCGCACGAGUCGCGCGAGUCGGCGAAAACAAGAAUGGAAUCGAAUGUGACAUUGUCGAAGUCCUGUGGUCUGGCCUGCUUGUGGUCCUUCUCGGUAAAGUUUCUCCAGGGAGGAGAGAUGCUGGGGCCCCAGGCGAGGGUGUCCUGGGACGACGAUGUUUUCUGAAUCCGUACGCCUCUGCGGCAGCGCAGGUCGCGAAACCCUAUUCGGCACGAGCUUGA